ACAUUUUAGCAAAUGGUGGAAUUUUGCACACACACAGUGUUUUUUUCUGGAAAGUGAGUUUGCCUGAGGUUUAGUUGGGAAAAAGGACCUCUUUUAGUUCAUUUAGUGUCCCAACGGAGUGCAACAAGGUACACGGUGUUAGCUCCUUGUGGGGAAAAUGGUGUAAAUUGUGUGUGGAAUUGAGUGAAAAGGGAAUUAAAUUGCUGUGUAAUCGCCCGUUUUGUGCGAAGAGCUGGCGACUUGACAUUCAAUGUCACAGCAGUAAAGGGAAAAAAAAAGUGCGAAAAACUUCAUCUGGGAAAAGGAUGAUGAAAAAGAAAAGCGACAUGCCCAAAUAUCAUGAGAGUGGAUUUUUUGAAGAAAACAACUUUGUGGAAGUGACAAAAUCAAGUGGGAGUGGAGCUAUGAAGCCAAAGAAGGGUACUGCUGGGAUGGCUGCACGGUGCUACGAUGCUUCCGGACAGGAGCAACGGAAUCCGGGUGGGGAAUCGGGGCACCACCAGCAGCAGCCACAGCAGCAUUUGAGCGAGAACGCCAAGGGGCGCCGUGGCAAGAAGACCAUCAUUGUGCCCCUCAAGGGGAUCCUCAAGAAUUCACCACAAAUGCCUCGUAGUACGAAUAAUUUGACUCCCGCUGCGGAUGAUGGGAUCUCAUCGUCUUCCCGGCAUGCCUACCGGGAGCCGCGGAAACCAUCGGCGACGCUGUCUGAUGCGGAAAAUGGCCUCGACGGCACCUACCACAUUGUCCUUGACACAGAUGACGAAGACGAUGCGCCACCUCCGGAUACCACAGACAGCAGCCGGAGGGGCAACAAGGGGCCCCACCACGGGGGGGAGCACCAUCACCAUAAAGCUGACAAUCGCAGUGAUUCCGUCGUCUGCGUGGGGAGCUACAGUAAGAGUGACUUUGACCUCGAGCAGACAUCGAGAAUCAGGAACAAUGUGGUGCUCCGACCCGAGGACAAAGUUGACAUAACACAUUUUAACAUAUUAAAAGUGUUGGGAACUGGAGCAUAUGGCAAAGUUUAUUUGGUACGAAAAAAUGGUGGUGUGGAUCAUAAUAAAUUGUACGCCAUGAAGGUACUGAAGAAAUCAAAUCUCAUCCAAAAGAAAAAGACCGCCGAACACACAAGAACUGAAAGACAGGUCCUUGAAGCAAUCAAAGACAGUCCCUUCCUCAUUGACUUCCACUACGGAUUCCAAACUGAGUCACGGCUCUAUUUAGUUAUUGAUUAUGUAAGCGGGGGUGAAUUGUUUACCCAUCUGUAUACACGAGAGAACUUCACGGAGAACGAAGUGAGGAUCUACAUUGCAGAGAUUGUCGUGGCUCUCGAGCAGCUGCAUAAGCUCGGAAUAAUCUAUCGAGAUAUAAAAUUGGAGAAUAUCCUGUUGGAUGCUGAUGGGCAUAUUGUCAUAACGGACUUUGGGUUAUCGAAGGAGCUCACGGCGGAGAAGAAUGGGCGUGCGUAUAGUUUCUGCGGGACAAUUGAGUACAUGGCACCGGAAGUGGUGAAGCAACAGGGCAAUCAGGGGCAUGAUUUUGCAGCUGAUUGGUGGUCCGUUGGGGUGUUGGCGUACGAACUACUCACGGGCUCAUCGCCAUUUACGCAUGAAGGUGAGAAGAAUACGCAACAUGAUAUUUCGUUGCGCAUCCAGAAGGGUCCACCGCCACUACCUGAAAGACUGAGCUACGAUGUGAGGGAUUUAAUAUCGAAAUUGCUGAUUAAGGACCCAAAGAAGCGUCUUGGGGGGAGUAAAGUUGAUGCGACGGACAUUAAAUCGCACCCAUUCUUUCGACGUAUUGACUGGGAGAAGUUGGUGCGGAAGGAGAUCCCAGCGCCAUUUCGGCCACCGAAGGAUUAUGAGACGGAUACGGCGAAUUUUUCGGAGGAAUUCACACGGCUACCAACGGCUGAUUCCCCCUGCCCUGUGCCACCGAAUCAUGAACGUCUCUUCCGGGGAUAUUCAUUUGUUUCGCCGCAUUUGCUGCGACUCCGGGAUGCCUUUGAGGAGCACGGGGUUGUGCACACGCAAGCACGUCUGAAGCCAAGCUUGAGAGAUUUGGAGAGUCUGCGUGAGAGUGAAUUGCCUUUCUUCCAAAAGUAUGAAAUUGAUUUUGGGGAAUGUUUGGGGGAUGGAGCCUUCUCGGUGUGCAUGAAGUGUACACGACGCAAUACACGUGAGGUGUUUGCGGUGAAAAUACUCAAUGCUACGCAUGAUGCACAGAGUGAGAUUGACACACUGAUCGCAUGUCAGGGGCAUCCGCAAAUUGUGCGUUUUAUCGAAGUUAUUCGUGAUCAGGCAUUCAUCUAUAUUGUCCUGGAGUACCUCGACGGGGGUGAGCUCUUCCGGCGUAUACAGCAAGCAAAGAAAUUCACAGAGAUUGAAGCAUCGGGAAUUUUUACGCAAAUUGUCAAAGCUGUGCAAUUUAUGCACAGCAAAAAUAUCGCUCAUCGUGAUUUGAAGCCGGAAAAUGUGAUUUUUGCGGGGAAAAAGUCAAAUUUGGUGAAAGUUGUGGAUUUUGGGUUUGCCGUACGUCAAGAUCCGGCUCAUACGAGUGCCCCACCGUCGGCGUAUACGUUGGAAUAUGCAGCACCGGAAGUGUUGGCGAAGGGAGCAGCUAUUGGGGAUAAGGUGCACAUGGAGGCGUGCGAUUUGUGGUCAUUGGGAGUGAUUUUGUACACAAUGUUGUGUGGUCAGAGCCCCUUCAGGACGGCGAGUGAUGAUGUGGAGGGGGGGCUUGUGGAGAAAAUCCGUAUGGGGGCAUUUGAUACGAAAACCCCAGCGUGGAAGAUGAUUAGUUCCUCGGCAAAGGAUCUCGUGACGCGUUUGCUAAAUGUUGACACAGAGACACGAAUGGAGAUGAAUGAACUUGUUAAUCAUCCUUGGCUCCAAGGGACAACGAUGCGUAAGUCGCAGCUGACACACCUCCCACUGACGCAGGAUCUAGCAAAGUUGGAUUUGACGGUGAAGCAUAUUUUCAAUGCGUACAAACAUGCCCAAACAAAGGGAUUCACCGUGUCGGAAGUUGAGAAUGCUAAAUUGCCCCGAAGGAGGCAUAAAAAUCACCAAUCAGGCACUUCAAUGGGGAGCAGUGAGAGUGAUUUGGGGAGGAGUAAGAGCUCAAGUGGGGUGGUAACGUCAGAUCUCAAUAAUCGCUCAUUGAGCGUCGAUACGAGCUCAGAUGUGGAGAUUGUGGCGGAAUUUUCCUUGGAAUAUCCCCCGGAAGGGGUAACGUUGAAUAAUAAUGAGGCUACAAAGGAGGCAGCAGCAGCAGCAGCAACAAGAGAUGAAACGGAGGAGAAAUGUGAUGAAGAAAUCCCCGUGGAAAAUCCCCUAACGGAAGCACCAGAAGAUGCAACAAGGCGUAGUAGAGAGGAAUCCCGUGAUACAAUACCCUACAGAGAUCUAAGUCCAACAGAAGAAAAUCACGUAGAUGAUGAAGAAGUUGCAGAGGAAGAAGCGACAGAGGUGAAGGAUCAACAGGCUGUGCAGGAAUUAUCUCCACAACAACAAAGGCAACCCUCAGAAAUGUUCAAAGUUCACGAAAUGCCGAAUAUGUUUGCAGGAAUCCCACCAGGUGGCCACAUUAAAUGCCCCAUUGAGCGUUUUGUGGGCUUCUCCGUGCAGGAGCAACGUGCAAUGUAUGGGAAAUCAAUGGAAAAUGAGGAAGUUCACAAGAAUAUUCUCUGCACGCUACGCAUUCAAAUGCGAAAGCGAAAGAAUCCACAGAAAAAUGCUGAAAAUUCAUCAAAGAGAAUGAAGAGAAAUGCCGAAAUGGCGGCAAAUGGUCAUCGAAUGACAACAAGGCACUUCCGGAAGGAAGAAAUUUGUGGCCGAGAAGAUCUCUUCAAGGAUGAUGAAGCCUUCUACUACAAUGCAAUACCGGCAUUGAUGAAGAAAGAAUGGAAAGAAAGGUAAGAUUUCGUCACAAGAGAAAUCACCACCCCCCUACAAAAGAAAUAUCUUUAUUUUCAUUUUUUUUUAAUUAAUGAAAAUCAAUUUAAAAGAAAAGAAAAGAUUUAAAGAAUUUGCGUAAAAGAAAAUGAAUAAAUUUUACGUAAAGAAAUCUUAAAGAAUAAAAAAUAAAAUUAGAUUAAAUUAAUAGUUGUUUUUGUAAAGAAGAAAUUUCAUGAAAGAGAAAGAAAUAUAUUAAUUAUUAUUAUUAAAAAAAAAAUAAAUAAAAGAAUAAUAUUCAAUUUUAAGGACAGAAUAAAAAGGUUUAAGGAAGAUGAUAAUAAAUACGAUAAAUGGCAAUGAAAAGGAUAUAAAAAAAACAAGCGAAAGAAUAGAGAAAAAAUAUCCUUAAUUGAUAUUUUGUAAAUAGUUACAAACAAACAAACAAACAGAGCCAGAAAGAUUGAGGUUAUGAGAGAAAGAGAGAGGUAGGAAGAACGAGAGAGAGAAGCCUGAGAGAAUGUGCGUGAGUUUUAUUUGUUUUAAAAAAAAGAAGUUUGAAAAGAAAUUAAAAUAAUAUUGAAUUAAAUAUACAAAAAAUAAAAUGAUUUAAAAAAAACUAAAAAAGAAAUAAUUUUUAAGGCCACAAAAACUACAAAAAAAAAGAAAAUAAAAAGGAGAGAGAAAAGAAAGGGAGAUAGUUGAUGCUCUUCUAACACAAAAGUGCACUUAAGAUGAAAAAGAAAUUCUAUACCCAAUUUAAUUAUUAAUUAUAUAAUAUUAACAGAAACAAAAUGAAAAAAAUAUAUAAAAGAAAAAAAACCUUAGAUAAAAUGCAAGAAAAAAAGAAAAUCUCAUAGAAAUCAUUUUUGAAAAAAAAAACAAAUAUUUGAUUAAUUUUUUUUUUAGAAAUUAAUAAAAAUUAUUUUCUUUCUUUCUCUUAUUAAUUUAUAUUUACCUUCCUACCUAUUAUUAUUAAUCUUUCAAACAAACAAAACAUUACCGAAAAUAUUUUUAAUUUUUAAUUUGUUCUUCAAAUUUUCUUUUAGUGACAAAAUUUUGCAAUUAGUUAAUUUUUUUUUGAUUUAUUUUUAAUUAUUAUUAUUAAUAUUAUUUUUACCUUAUUUACUAAAUACCUUUUUCUUCUUUAGAAAAGAAAAAACUUGGAGCUAAAAAUUUUUUCCAAACAAUAUUUCAUUGCUUUCUUAUUUAAAAAAAAUACCUUUAAAUAAAAAAAAAGAAGAAUAAAAAAAAUACAUUGUAUGAAUUUUUACUUCAUACACUGUGUGUUCAAUAAAUUUAUAAAUAAUAAAGAGAGAGAGAAAAAAGGUGAAAAUGUUAACAAAUUGAGGGAUGAUAAGAAAUGAAAAAAAUAAUGAUGAAUAAAAUGGACCAAAAACCCUCCCAAAAGAGGGUAGAUUAUGUAGAAUUUUCACACCUAGACGAGACAGAAGAAGGAGAAAAUUCUACAGAAGAAAAUGUGGAACAAAUGGUUUUUUAUUCUCUUCUCAAAAGAAAAAUUUCAAAACAAACCCAAAAAUUCAUAAAUUUUUUCAAAGAGUUUCAAAAGAAUUGAUAAAUUUUUGCUCCAAUAGGGCAUGAGAAAAUAGAGAAAUCUUUUAGAUAAACAGCAAGAAAUAAAUAUUUUUAUAUAAGGAAGAAGAGAGAAAGAGAGAGGAAAAAUAUCAUUUGGUUUUUUUUUGUUAGUCUCUUACGUUAUGUUUUAUUUAUAAAAAAAAUGAGAAAAGGUAAAAGAAAAUAAAAAAAGCAUAUAAAUUGCAAAUACAAAGCCA